AUGAUAUAUUUAUUAUAUUUUUGCAUUUUAACUUACACGAUUUCAAGCGGUUUGUCAAUGAAAGGCUCACAAAAUUCAAUAAGCUCGGAUUCUCAAGUGUUUUAUAACCCAGAUACAGGAGAAAUUAUAACAGAAGAAGAACGCCAAAUAUUAAAAUCACAAUAUAUUGCUGUAGUUGAUAAUGUAGUGGCUGCAGCAGUAUCUGACUAUAAUGCGUAUGGGUUUUAUUCUGUGACAGGAAAAGAGCUAAAUGAUGAUAUUCAAGCAUUAAUUAAACUUUACAAGAUAAUGGCUGAUGAUGAGAACGUUGUAAUUAACAAUAUUGUUUAUGAUAAGGAUAGCAUACUAAAAUACAUAGAAGUUGAUGAAGAUUUAGCUAUUUAAUUACUAACUCCCUCCCUCGGUGAGUGAACAAAAAAAUUUUGUUCAUUCACGGAUGGGGUUUAAUUUUUUUUUUAAAAAUUUAUAUAUAAAUUUUAUAGAAAAAUUUUUUUGUCGAAAUUUUAAAACAAUCUUAAUUUACAAAAAUUGGGAAGCAAAUGAUAAUAUAAUUUAUUUUUAAAACGCAAUUUGUUUAAAUUAAACAGAAUUAGCUCGAGAUUUCAUUAUACUGAUUAUCACUUAUAUAUCAAUUUUUUUUCAUAAAAAAUUUUUGUUCACUCACAGAGGGUGUGCUUUUGGGCAAACAAUAGGGAUUUUUCCAAUGGUUUUGUUCACUCACGGAGGGUAGAGUUAGUUGCAUAGUGUUUAAAGUGUCUAGUGCCCGCUCCCUAUAUAAAUAGGGACUAAGCCAACUUGUGACGUCACCGAGCCAUCUUGGAAUCGCGGUGGUCAGCCCACCAACUAAACCUUUACGAAGCUUCGCUUUCAGUUCGCCGCACAUCUCACCCGGCUCGUUGCUGUCGCUGCCCUGACUCAGCUCCUACGCAUGUUCCACCUAAGGGUUAUCUUCCCUUGGGGAUGUGCUGAGGGUUAAAACCCUGAGUCUCUUGAAUGAACUGAGGAGCAGUUCCUCUGAUUAUCCCCAAAGUUAAAUUGCUAUUGCUGUGCAUAGUUCUCGAGGGAAAGCCCAGCCCCAUAAAUAAAAUUGCUUGAGGGAGGAAAUAUUAGAAGAACUAGAAUAUCAUUUUAUUUAUGAAGAUUUAGCUACUUACUUACUUACUUACAUACAUAAUCUUUAAGGUGUCUAGUGCCCACACCCCUGAAUAAAAAGGGUCAAAGCGACAACUAGUGACGUCACCAAGCCAUCUUGGAAUAUGUGGUCAGCCCACACCCAAGCCUUCUAUAAGGCUAGUCGCCAGAUAAAUCGCCGCACAUCUCACCCGGCGCGUUGCCGUCGCUCGCUCCGACUCAGCUCCUGAGCGUGUUCCACCUAAGGGUCAUCCUCCCGUGGGGACGUGCUGAGAGGUAAAACUCCGAGUGUCUUGAAUGCACUGAGGAGCCGUGCCUUUAGUUAUCUCCAAAGUUAAACGGCUGUUGCUGUGCAGAAGUUCUCAAGAGAAAACCCAGCCCCAUAAAUAAAAUUCCAUGAGGGAGAGAAAAUUGGUAGAGCCAAUUUCUCUCGAACCGAAUGCCAUUUUAUUUAUGAAGAUUUAGCUACAAAUUUUCAAGACAAUGAAGUUUUGGUAAUUAAAGGAAGUGAUAGUGAAUUUAUGACAGAAGAAGAGCUUAUGCAAUUAGAAGAAGAAAUUAUUUAA